AUGUCGAAGACCUGGAUUCGACAAGGCUACACCAAGUUAGCUCGUAUUCUUGGCAAAGCCGAUCCAAAGAAGCAAACCUUCUCAGUCAUAGAGGGCCACCCUGCGGCCCAACAACACGCAGAAGUGGCAGCCCAGGCCCACGAAUCCAUCCAAACAAAAACCAGUGACCUAAUAAAAGAGUUCAAAAUAUAUAGAUGGAAUCCAGACCUUCCCAACAACAAGCCCUAUCUUCACUCGUACUUUAUUGACCUCUCCAACUGUGGUCCUAUGGUUUUGGAUGCCUUACAGAAGAUAAAAGCAGAGGAGGAUUCGAGCUUGAGUUAUAGGAGGUCUUGUAGGGUAGGAAUAUGUGGGUCGUGCUCCAUGAACAUCGAUGGGACCAAUACUGUGGCUUGUCUGAGGCCCAUUGAUCCAAACACUUCUAAGGCUACUGUUAUUACUCCCCUACCUCACAUGUUUGUCAUUAAAGAUUUAGUCGUUGAUCUCACUAAUUUCUACCACCAGUACAGGAUGAUCGAGCCGUGGCUAAAGACAACAAAAGAACCAAAGAACGGUGGAGAGUACAUGCAAUCGCCUACGGACAGGAAAAAACUAGAUGGGUUGUAUGAAUGCAUAUUGUGCGCUUGCUGUAGCACAUCCUGCCCUUCCUACUGGUGGAACCCUGAAGAGUUUACAGGACCAGCAGCACUUCUUCAAGCUUAUAGAUGGAUCUCCGAUAGCCGGGACGAGUUCCCGAAUGAACGACUGCAGGCAUUGACAGAGGACCAUAAAAAGCUAUACAGAUGCAGAACCAUUAAGAAUUGCACAGCAGCGUGUCCCAAAGGCCUAGACCCGGCAGAUGCCAUUAGCAAGAUGAAGAGCAAGCAUUUGCUUUCUCGGCCGGUAGAGUUGGCGGAAGACCCAGGGACUGUAAGCCUAUGAUAUCAAUCCAUCAAGCUAGCUAUGUGUCCAGUUCAACUCUGCUAUGAUCAAUAUGCUUCAAGGCAAGGAUGAUUUUGUCCGAAUUGAUCUACGAGUCUAUGAAGUAUAUUUUUUAAAUGAUUUUGUUAUAAAUAAGAGAUAUGUUCAUAAGGAUAGAAACUCAAACUUCAAUCUAUAUACAAAUAUCGAUAUUCAGUGAGUUGUUAAAGCAUCGAGAACACGAUUUCUUAAGCACCUAUUCUCCUAUCACCGCAUAGAGGAAGAAAAAUAUGCUAAGAGAGACCCGAUGGCAUGAACUCCGACUGAUAUACUAAGUAGUAGUAGUUUUCUGUAACUCCGACUGAGAGUUGUCUUCAAAACACAAGAGUGAGAAGCAUUUGCGUUCUCGGUGAAAUCACCAAUGGCGAAUAUAAGCAAUGAAGCAGUAAGGGUAGAGCUGUCCAAAUGGUUUGACAACGCCCUGCAAUGGAGGACAUGGA